AUGGCUAACUUCAAAGAACUGCUCUUGCCUAUGCUGGCGCUUUGCAUUUUGUAUCCAUUGGCAUAUGCAGUCAAUGAAGAUCUUUUGUUUAUCAAAUACCAUAUUCACAUAACCAACGAUAUGCCUCCGGAUUUCCCUCCCUAUAUCCCUGCUUUAUCUCUCCAUUGCAAGUCCAAAGACGAGGACCUUGGUGAGAAGGAACUGUCGGAGCAUCAGGAUUAUACUUGGAAUUCCAGUAUAAACGAUUUCAGAACCACCCUUUAUUUCUGCAAUGCUAGAUGGGAAAAAAAGCAGAGGUAUUUUGUGGCUUUCAAGGCCACGAGAGAUGAACACCGCUGCCGAGUGUAUCAUAACUCUUGCCUGUGGUCAGUGAGGGGAGACGGAAUUUAUUUUAGCAACAAUAAUUCUACCUGGACUAAUGAGUAUCCAUGGUAG